AUGGAAAUCUCCCCCGAGGUGAAGAAAGCUGUUUGCAGAUAUUGCAAAAGUAAAUUUGCUACUGGUGGAAAUGGGUCAAGUACUACCCAUUUGAAAAGACAUUCCAAAAUUUGCAUUCAAAAGAAGGCUAAAACAACUGCUAAAAGUAGACAACCCACCAUUCCAUUCCAGCCUUCAAAUUCAAAUAACCUUUUUAUGAUUCCCGGUGUUAGAUACUCUAACAAAAAGAUGAGGGAAAUAAUUGCAACUGCUAUCAUGGUUCAUGAAUAUCCUUUUAGUGUUGUUGAGGAUUCUAUUUGGAUGUGGGCCUUCCAAUAUGCAAACCCUGAUUUUCAUAAGGUUACACAUAAAACUGCAAGAAAUGAUUGUUUGGCAUUGUUUGAGAUGGAGAAGAAAACAUUGAAGAAAUUCUUAAAAAGUGUGAGCAAGAUCAUUUUAACUACAAAUAUGUGGAAAUCUAGCCAUCAAGUAGUUGAAUAUAUGGUUAUUACUGGACAUUUCAUUGACGCAAGAUGGAAUCUUCAAAAAAGAGUUUUAAGUUUUGUGAAAGUGCCUGCUCCAAGGCGUGUGCAAGAUGGCCUUAAUACAAUUAAGGAUAUCAUUUUCAAUAUUCAUGAAAGUGUCAAAUAUAUUAACCUCAACGAUGCAAGACUAAAGGCAUUUUGUGUUGUUGUUGAGCAAAAACGCUUGAAAGAAAUGAAACUUGUUAUUGAUUGUCCAACAAGAUGGAAUUCAACCUUUAAUAUGUUUUCAACUACUUUGAAAUUUAAGAUUGCAUUUGCUUCUUACAAAGAAAAAGAGCCUCACUAUAAUUAUGCACCUUCACUUGAGGAGUGGAAUCAAGUUGAGAAAGUUUGUAAGCUGCUGGAAGUUUUUAAUCUUGCUACUCAUGUCAUCUCAGGUAGUGAGUAUCCGACUGCAAAUUUGUAUUUGGCAGAAGUUUGGAAGGUUAAACAAAUACUUGAUAAGGAGAUUGAAGACGAAGAUCUCUUCAUAAGGGAAAUGGCAGUUGUCACUAGUUUUGACAAAAUUAUGAGCAUGCUUUGUGAAAAGGAGGUAGUUUCUCCUAUAAAAUCAGAAUUGCAAGAUUAUCUUGAUGAAGGUAUUUAUGUUCCUAACACUAAUUCCUUUACUGCUUUGGACUGGUGGAGGAACAAUAGCAUGAAAUAUAAGAUAUUAUCCAUAGCAGUUGUGCACAACAACUAG